AUGCAGAUUGUCCUGGUCUGCCUCAUUGCCGGAGCCUACGCAGUCAACGGUUACAGCCGGCCGGACCUAAGCGAUCUGGAUGACUUUGACGGCCCUGUGACUCCUACUACACCGGCGGCCCCUACUGACACAGGGACGCCAGCUACAACGUCUGCACCGACUUCCACGGUUCGGCCUGUAGCCCCUGUGUCCCCUGCGCGACCUGUAGUUUCCGUUGGUACACUGCGCCCGCUGCGUCCUGUUGUCCGUCCGGCGGCAGUGCCCUUUGGUCCAGUGACACGCCCCGCUAUAUUCGCGCCUGGAGCGGCUGGUUUCGUGCCAUCCGGAUUGCCGGGAGAAGGGUGGAAGCCGUACAGUUUUGGCUAUGACAUCACCGACGAAUUCGGCACCCGGCUCUUCCACAACGAGCAGUCUGACAACAAGAACGCCAAGACCGGUACCUACGGCUACCGCGACGCCAAUGGCAUCUUCCGCACAGUGUCGUACGUGGCAGACGCUGAUGGAUACCGGGCUACCAUCGACACCAACGAGCCUGGAACAGCCCCUGGAGCCAGCGCCGACGCCGUCUUCAACGCCAAUCCUGUGGCCGCACCACCCACUGCUCCUCGACCAGGAGGCUACACAAGGACUCCAUACACAGGCCCGACAUUCACUCGUCCUUCAUUCACUCCUCCUGCAGCUCCAGUUAACGUUCGCGGCCCUGGAGGCUACACGGGUGGUUACGCUGGCGGAUAUGGUGGCGGGUUUAGAACCCCAUACGCUGGUGGGUCCGGUGGCCGAUACGGUAGCGGUUUCGGUGGGGGUUACAGUGGGGGAUAUGGCAGUGGAUACAGUGGUCGGUCCACGUCUCCUGCGCUACUUCCCCGGACGUGA